UCCACAAACCGGAAAGCCUGUCUCCGAUAUUCACCAAACCUUGCUUGCGCUGCAAUUAGAGUCUAAACAAAGCCUCGGAGAGAAAGAGAGAGAGAGAGGGAGGGGGGAGAGGAACCGUCUCUUUAAGGUCAAAGGAGCCUUCCACCACCGAACCCUGGCCGCGUGCGUCAGAUUCCGGCGACUCACUCAGCGCUCUCUACGAUCGCCACUGACCGGCGAUGUUCGCCGCCUGCGGGGGAGCACCUCCCGGUGUUGUGGGUAAUCGAACAGCGACCGCAGCGACUUCUUAUACAAGCGUAAUAGAAUGAAGAACCACAAGACCAAGACCAAUGGCUUUAUCCCCAACUCUUUCAAGUUCAUUUCUUCCUGUAUCAAGACCGUCUCCACCAACGUCCGCUCCGCCAGCGCCUCCGUCGCCGGCUCCAUCUCCGGCGACUCGGAGCAUCGCAAAGACCAGGUACUAUGGGCUUGCUUUGACAGGCUAGAGCUUGGUCCAUCUUCCUUCAAGCAUGUUCUCUUGCUUGGUUAUUCCAAUGGAUUUCAAGUACUUGAUGUUGAAGAUGCCUCUAAUGUCAGUGAACUGGUUUCAAGGCGUGAUGAUCCAGUGACAUUCUUACAGAUUCAGCCGACCCCAGCAAAGUCUGAAGGUUGUGAAGGAUUUAGAGCAUCACAUCCUUUGCUCUUGGUUGUUGCAGUUGAUGACACAAAUGACUCAGGUCAAAUGCAUGGUGGGAGAGAUGGGUUGGUUAGAGAUGGUUACAUUGAGCCUAAAACAGGAAACUUUCUCAACUCUCCUACAGCUGUUAGGUUUUACUCGCUAAGGUCCCAUAGUUAUGUUCAUGUUCUGAGAUUUCGGUCAACUGUAUAUAUGGUUAGAUGCAGUCCUCAAGUAGUAGCUGUGGGUCUUGCAGCACAAAUCUAUUGCUUUGAUGCUCUCACACUUGAGAACAAAUUUAGUGUCCUUACAUAUCCUGUACCGCAGUUGGGAGGCCAAGGAAGUGCUGGAGUUAACAUUGGCUAUGGUCCAAUGGCUGUGGGUUCCAGGUGGUUAGCUUAUGCUUCCAACAACCCACUGUUCUCAAACACAGGCCGCUUAAGUCCACAAAGUCUUACUCCUUCUCCAGGUGUCAGUCCAUCAACUUCACCUAGCAGUGGAAAUUUGGUGGCCCGUUAUGCCAUGGAAUCUAGUAAGCAGUUGGCGGCAGGGUUAAUCAAUCUGGGUGAUAUGGGCUACAAAACUUUGUCUAAAUACUAUCAAGAUCUUCUUCCUGAUGGUUCUAAUUCUCCUGUAUCAUCAAAUUCAAGUUGGAAGGUUGGUCGGGUCACAGCACAUUCAACCGAAACAGAAACUGCUGGGAUGGUUGUCAUCAAAGAUCUUGUUUCCAGAGCUGUUAUAUCGCAAUUUAGGGCACAUACUAGUCCUAUUUCUGGUUUGUGUUUUGAUCCAAGUGGGACACUUCUGGUUACUGCCUCAAUACAUGGGAACAACAUAAAUAUCUUCCGGAUCAUGCCAUCCUGCUCCAAAAAUGGAUCGGGCACUUUAAUCUAUGAUUGGAGCUCUUCUCAUGUGCACCUGUACAAGCUCCAUAGAGGGAUGACACCAGCUGUGAUACAAGACAUUUGCUUUAGUAAUUAUAGUCAGUGGGUAGCUAUUGUUUCAUCCAGGGGGACGUGCCAUAUUUUUGUUCUGUCUCCUUUUGGUGGCGAGGCUGGCCUUCAGAUACAAAGUUCUCAUGUUGAUGGUCCUAAGCUCUUACCAGCUUUAUCCCUACCAUGGUGGCAUACUCCAUCUUUCUUGAUAAAUCAGCAAUCUUUUGCUCCACCUCCACCAGCACCAAUUACCCUUUCUGUGGUGAGCAGAAUAAAAAAUAUUUCUGGGUGGCUCCACACAGUCAGCAAUGCUGCAUCUUCUGCAGCAGGAAAGGUUUAUGUUCCAUCUGGUGCUGUUACUGCUGUCUUCCACUGUUCUGUGCCUUCCGAUUUGCAACCUGCACAGUUAAAGAGCAAUGUGUUGGAGCACCUCUUGGUUUAUACACCUUCUGGUCAUGUGAUUCAACAUAAACUUUUGCCAUCAAUGUGGGGAGAGCCAGGCGAAACUGCUUCAAGAACUGGUCCUGCUCCUUUGCCACAGAUGCAGGAUGAGGAGUUACACGUGAAAGUUGAACCUGUUCAAUGGUGGGAUGUUUGCCGAGGAACAGAUUGGCCAGAAAAAGAGGAAUGUAUUGCUGGGAUUACUCUUGGCAGACAGGCUGCAGAGAUAGACAUGGAUACUUCUGAUUGUGAGGAUAAUGAUGGUGGGGAUAAAGAUUUUGUAAAGCCCCAUGAGCGACAUCACAUUUAUCUCUCCAAUGCAGAAGUGCAGAUCAGCUCUGGGAGGAUACCGAUUUGGCAAAAAUCUAAGAUCCACUUUUAUACAAUGAGUCCUCAUGGGGCUAAUGAGCUGAACUUCACUGAAGAUCAUAAUGGUGGAGAAAUUGAAAUUGAGAAAGUUCCUGUCCAUGAGGUUGAAAUACGGCGGAAAGAUUUAUUGCCUGUUUUUGACCAUUUUCGAAGGAUCCAUUCCAAUUGGAUUGAAAGGGGCUUUGUUGGAGCAACAUAUCCAUCAUGUGAACAAGAAAGUGCUAAAGAUAAAUCCUCCAAAGAUGCUGUUAUUUCGGACUCCAAGUUGGAGCCAUCUGGCUCAGUUGAAAACUCAGACUCUACAGGUUCAUCAAAAACAACUGAAGAUUUGCUUGAUUUAGGUCAGAUGAAUUCUCAUCCUUCCAUUGUUCAUAUUGUAAAUGAGAAUGAUGGGGAAAAAAGGGGGAGUGUUAUUUUAGCAGCUCCUUUGCUGAACCAAAGCUCCCCAAGUAGAAAUAUUGUUUCAGUCUCUCCUGAACGGUCUAUAAUUGGUGUGUCUCCAGUUGAGGAUAGUUGUUCUGCUAAUAGCCAAUGCAUUUUGAAGAGUGGUUCUCUUUCUUCCACAAGAACUAUUGCAAAAGAAAGUCAGCCUUCGAACAGUGCUGGAGCCAGUGAUGUUUCAAACACAAGUUCCAGUCGUUCUGAUUUGACUAUGAACAUUCUUGAGGAGGGGCCAGUGCAUGAUGCACUAGAUUUUGAGCCGUUCUUUCAAGAGGGCUAUUAUAAAGCAUCACCUCUUAAUGGAAGCCAUGAAUUGACAGAAGUUGCCACAGAUGUGGACAGCAGUAGCAGUCCUUGUGAUAGGGGAAAAUCUGAGGAAGAUGGAGAUAAUGAUGAUGUACUUGGGGGUGUGUUUGCCUUCUGUGAAGAAGGUUGAUGUAUUCCUUCAUGUCUGAAUGGUGCUGAACUCAUGACCUCGCAUUUUCCAGUAUGCUGUAGAUAUUGUAGGUCAGUGAUCAGCCAAAUAAUGAGCGCAGAUCCUAAUUGUGAAAAUGCAGGCAGUUUACGUUUCAAGCUUUCAAUGAUUGAAAUACUGCUGACUGAUACAAGAUGUGACGAAUGUUUGUUCAUCCUAGUGUUCUGGAGCAAAUGCUUGAAUUCUUCCUCUCUAAUUCUCAUGUACAUGUUGUAGAUUAAAACACAAAAUACAAAUGAUUUGUGUGGACGGUUUGUUCUUUUAAUGCUGUGUAACAUUAUUUAUUCUUCAUAUGAAAAGAGAAAAAAAAAUAAAGGGGAAAAUGAAAAAAAGAGCUCAGUUCAUUGUACAAA